AAAAGAAGAUGCAGAUUAUGGAGGCAGAGACGUUUAUACACGCGAAAUCAAUGACGUUGGGACAGAAAACAAAUUUCAUUCUAUCGCAUUAAUCUCUUCUGCUGUGGGAAAUGGCUUUUCCUUUCCUUUCCCUUCCUCUUCAGUCUCUUCUCCUUCGCCUAGAUAGUGGUGUAAGUGACUGCUACUACACAUAGGGUUUUGCAGCUUUUUUACGGGGAAGGAGAGGGAGCUCAUUUCCCUACACUCCUUUGUAUACCUAACACUAAAUGCACACACGUAAAUAACCCAUUUCAAAUCAUCCCUUAUAUAUAGAAGGGUCUCUCCAUUUUUGUUUCUUAAAGCCUUGCAUUCUCUUCUUCCUUCUGUUUGGCUUUUUGGGGUUUCAUUUUCACCUUAAGCCAAAAGGGUAAUCAUGGCUUGGACUGAUAUGAUCACGGAGUCUUCCCGGAAACCAACUCGCCCGACCCGACCUUCCUAUGUCCCUCCACCCUUCAGAAACACCGCUACCACCACUUCAUUUGGUUAUCCCACUGAGUCGAUGCACUCUGGGAGUUUUUCUGGGGCUGUGUAUGGCUUCGUCCGCUCUUCAACCAGUCAACCCGGUUCGUCUCGUCGUGGUGGUGGUCGUUCACGUGGUCGUGGCCGUAGCGGUUCUCAACGGUGGCCCUCUGUCAACCAAAAUUUUAACAACCAGCGCCUAGUUGACGUAAGUGAAAAUUUUGACGAGCUAGAGAUCACAGAAGAUGAUGGUAGUAACAUUAACACCAAAGAAAAUAGUGCUAUCAACUUUGAUGCGUAUGAGGAUAUUCCAGUCGAAGUCACUGGCUCCCACAUACCUCCACCGGUGAAUACCUUCACUGAAAUUGAUUUGGGACAAGGUUUGAAUGAUAAUAUUCAGAGGUGCAAGUAUGUGAAACCAACUCCGGUUCAGAAGCACGCCAUACCCAUUGCGGUUGCUGGGAGGGACUUGAUGGCUUGUGCACAGACUGGGUCGGGGAAAACUGCUGCCUUCUGUUUUCCCAUUAUUUGUGGGGUUUUGAGGAACCGGUUUCAAACUGCUGGGUCGGGUCGUGGUAGGUCUAGAAUGGCCUAUCCCUCUGCACUCAUUCUAUCUCCUACCAGGGAGUUGUCUUGUCAGAUUCAUGAGGAGGCGCAGAAGUUUGCUUAUAACACUGGAGUGAAGAUUGUGGUGGCAUAUGGGGGAGCACCCAUAGUACAACAGUUUCGCAAUUUGGAGAAGGGUGUUGACAUCUUAGUUGCAACUCCUGGUCGCUUAGUUGAUAUGAUUGAGAGAGCAAGAGUUUCUCUUGGGAUGAUAAAGUAUUUGGCCCUAGAUGAGGCUGAUCGAAUGUUGGAUAUGGGAUUCGAACCUCAGAUACGGAAGAUUGUCCAGCAAAUGGACAUGCCUCCACCAGGUGAAAGGCAGACCAUGCUUUUCAGUGCCACUUUUCCACUUGAGAUACAGAGACUUGCAUCUGAUUUUCUCUCGGACUACAUUUUUCUCACUGUGGGGAGAGUUGGUUCAAGCACUGAUUUAAUUGCACAAAGAGUUGAAUUUGUUCAGGAUAUGGACAAAAGAAGCCACCUCAUGGAUCUUCUUCGAGCCCGUAAAGCAGAUGGAACCCAUGGCAAGCGGCCAUUAACUCUGAUUUUUGUGGAGACAAAGAGAGGUGCAGAUGCCUUAGAGUAUUGGUUGUCCAUGAAUGGUUUUCCAGCAAUAGCAAUACAUGGUGACAAAGUGCAAAUGGAGAGAGAACGAGCUCUGAAAUCCUUUAAGAGCGGUAUGACUCCAAUUUUGGUGGCAACUGAUGUUGCAUCACGAGGCUUGGACAUUCCUCACGUGUCUCAUGUCAUCAAUUUUGAUCUGCCAAAAGAUAUAGAUGAUUAUGUUCACAGGAUAGGCCGAACAGGGCGUGCUGGUAAAUCUGGACUGGCAACUGCAUUUUUCAGUGACAAGAACAUCCCACUUGCAAAGGCACUUGUUGAACUAAUGAAGGAAGCAAAUCAGGAGGUUCCUUUGUGGCUUAGCCAGUACGCUGAAAAUUUAUCUUAUGGAGGUGGUGGCCGAACCAAACGAUAUGGUGCUGGCAGGUUUGGCAGCUAUGACUUCCGUGGUGCCUAUGGUGGUGCUGAUACCAGUGCAGAUUCGUAUGCUUCUUCCAGUGCAUAUGUCGAUGCUGUUUCAGCCAGUACAGGUUAUACUGCAGCCACAGAUGAUGCUGGUUACAGUGUUCCUGCCACUGCUGAAUCUCAUUCCGUGGCAUCACAUGGAUAUGAAUUUGAUCACAAAUCAGUUAUUGCUACUGGAUGGGAUUAGAAAUGGAUCCUUCUUACUUUUGGCUCCAUAAUAUAUUAUCGACUAUAUAACCAAAUAGGAUGACGGUAAUUUUAAGAAAAGAAAAGAAAAGAAAGCUGCUGAACGCUAACUGAAGGAUGGACAUAAAGUUGACAAAUUUUAUCCUCACAGCUUGUAGUUGAUUAUACAGAUUACUCAUUACUCAAAAAGUGUUAUUGGUAUUUUGGUGUUGGACAUAAUUUAUUUUUUUGACAGAUGAUUUUUAGCAGAUGAACUUUUUGCUAUAGCCAUAGCUGUUAUCUACUGUGUAAAGCUUUUGCUAGUAUAUAUUUUGUAUUGACCUUCAAGUCUCAGCGUGGAACGCAAUAUAAUAUUGAAUCAAACUUCAGAAAAUUUGAAAAAUU